AUGCUUUCCAAGCUUGCUGUCCUGUGCGAUUCGCCCCCGCCAGAUGUCCCAGUUGCUUUCGAAUCUCUACCUGUACCCCUGUCCUCAUCUUCCAAAACAGUACAACCGUUAGAGCUGUCCUAUCCCCACUGUUCAGUUCCUAGGGUUGUGAACGAGGUUGCGAUACAUGGCAUACCUCGAUUGCAGCUGAGCGAUUCUUAUCCUUCGCCCUCGCCGAGGUCAUAUAACUCAACGUCGCGUUUUCGCUCGCCACUCUACACCAUAACCGAGCGAAGGCAGUCGCAGCUUGAAGAGUCCGACGAUCCAGCACCGCUGAUGAAACGGAAGAAGCAAAGACGAGAAGCCAAGAAGAACAAUCCGUUGCAUGAAGUUGACUGGUUGAACGUCAGUCCUCGAGUACUACAGCUCGUUAAGGAGGAUCUGCCAAAACUGUUCGAGCACGUGCGCAGCGGCUCAUCCAGCUCUUCCUCUAUAGUGCUUGUUAGCCCACGUACUGUGAGUUCGCUUCCGCUUCUGUGUGCUGUGGUAUAUUCAUAUGGCAUAGCAUAG